GAACAUCAACCAGGAAUGUACUCUCUGUGAAUAGUAGGUUCCAGAAUCGACUAAAUGAUAUAAAAUAAUAUACAUGUAAUUAUGAAAAGUCCCAGAAGAUUUGAUGCAGUAUGCCACUCACUUGUCAUACAUAUGUCUUUGAUUUGCAGUGCUUUUCUAUAUUCACUCUAUGUUCAAAUAAAUUAGUUUGUCAAUCAACUGGACACUUUUCUAAUGUUUUUAUGAGAUAUUUAUUUAAGACUUGAUGCAAAUAAUGGUAAUUCCAGAGAUGAACAUCACAAAAUCAGAAAGUAAAUGUCAAAAUGAUUCAUUUGAAUAGCAGUUUGUAGGGCAUGAUGCUCAAGUUAAAUGCCAAUGGUGGUCCAAAUAACAGCUUGUAAAACUGUGCAAUGUAUUUUUGACCAUUUAUUCAUUUUUAUGAAUAUGUAAGUACCAGGUACCAUAAAAUCCUCCAUUUUUAAUGGUGUUCUCCUACUGGGUAGGUUUGGUAACAGUGCCUGUUAUUUUCCAUCUGUGGUUUCCAAUUUUGUCAGCUAGACUAUCUUGAUGGUUUGUGUGAUGGGGAGGAGGGAAUGAUUAUUUGCUGCUUUAUAUUAAAUGAAAAACAGUUACUGGCCAAUACAUUUUUCAUGGGAAGUAUGUAACAUGUAAAUACAUAUACGUAAGGUCUGUUUCUAAUACGGAGUUUAGUUGGUGGUCUCCCCUAUUUCACAUGGAAGCUGUCAUGGGAAACACAGUGUCUAUUGGUAAAAACGAACAGAUGUUGCAUUUCUAAAGGGUAAUUGGUGAGCAGCAUUUCAAAUUUAUGCAACAUGUGGGGAGAGAUGUUCUGAAUUCUCGAUUUCAUGUACCUAGAUUGUUUCCAAACAUCAUUGCAGAUUUGUCUAUUAAGUAAAUGUGAUAGAGUUCAGUUUUAAAAAGCAUUUGGUUACAAGGUUUAGUAAUUUGCUUUUCAAACAAGUGCAGUGAAGAACCAUUUAUUUAUCCUAUCGCCUGUUUUGCUUACAGUGAAGAGGAACUCUAACCAACUAUGGACCCAUUCCUUGUUAGCACAUGCCAUUUCCAUCAACACCUUUUUCAAAACGAACAAAUAAAUAACAGAAACUGAGAGAAAAAAAGGAACGAACUGAAAAAAAAAAUCUUGUGUGUUACUCAUCUAUAUCAGAUAUGUAGUUGUGGCAACAAUCUAAAACUAUCUAAAUUAAGUAUGUGCAAGCAAUUGUUGAAAAGAUAAGCCACAUGGUAUAAAAUCAUGUCUGGGUCACAUGUAUACUAGUAUCCCAAAUUUCCAUGUGAAGCUGGGCAUGGGAGGAGGUAGCAAGUAAUGACCUUUAGACAGCAUGAUUUGACACACUACAGGAUUACUAUCUUGUGAUUGGCUUAAAAUGUCAGGAGUUCUGAGCUUACCUUGAUAAAAAAAGGUGCAUGUAGUCUGGCACGUUAUGAAGUAGAUAAGGUUACACUGUGCACUGAAUGUAUAAAUAUAAGUGUUAGGGCUUGGCACAGAGUUUGGUCUUGUGAGUUGUUUGAUGAGCUGAUGUGCCAACUGUCCACACCUGAUAACUGAAAAGCUAAGAGGUGCUCCAUUAGAACAGUGUCUUUCAAUUUUUAAAGUGAACAAAAAAGGUUUAAGAAGAUGCCACCAACACCAACUGAGCUGAGACACCGUGCCGCUGGUGACACACUAGAAAGUUUACCAGUUAUAGAGCUAAAUGACAGCAACAAGAGCACUGAUAAUGGAAAGGAACAGAAGCUUGUUGGGGUUGAUGGGAAUUGGUAUGAUGUUACCAACUUCUUAAAACACCAUCCUGGCGGCCCAGUGAUAGAACAAUUCAUCGGCCAAGAUGCAACCCAUGUGUUUCAUGCUUAUGGUCACGAAGGUGUUCUCAAACACCGCAAACCAGUUGGCACCUACAAAAUGCCAAUACGCCAUCCAGCUGAUGCAGACUUUGAGAAACUUAUCCAAUUUGCGAAAGAGAAGGGGUACUUUGAGACUGACUUUGUUUGGUAUUUGAAAAAAAUGUUUGUAGCCUUCAUGUUGCUUGCUGUGGCUUUCUACUUAGUUAUAGGUUUUGAGCAGUGGUAUGUUCAUUACCUAGGAGCAGUAGCACUGGCAUUCCACUGGCAACAAUGCGGUUUUAUCAUGCAUGAUUUCAUGCAUUCCCAAGUGUUUCGAAAGCACAGUAAAGAUGGCCCAUGUGGGACCAUAUUUGGAGCAGUAUUCUUUGGCAUAAGUGCCUCAUGGUGGCGUGAUGAACACAUCAUUCACCAUGCCAUGACCAAUGUUGUUAAUGUUGCACAACGAUUCGUUGAUCCUCAGAUGUGGGAAUCUGCUUGGGCACAAAAUGAAAAACUGUUUCCUCUGUUCAGGAACACUCUCCAAUACUGCUUUGUGAAGAUCCAGCAUAUCACAUUUAUUCCAAUCGUGGUCUUUAUUGGUCGGUAUGAAAUUGUCACUGAUAGUUUUCGUCAAGAACGCCGUUGGCCUGAGUGGGUAGGUGCAUGUAUACACUGGAUGUGGAUAUGCUUCUUACUGUCUCAUUUACCAACCUGGAAGGAAGUGUUUACUUUUUAUGUCAUAGCAGCAAGUGUAGAAGGCAUAUUCCACUUUCAGCUAAUCCUUAGUCACUAUUGCAAAGCAUUCUAUACUACUGAUGAAUUUCACAAGUACAGUUGGUUUGAGUAUCAAGUUUUGUCCAACAUGAACAUUGAGACAUGGUGGUUUCUGGACUGGUAUUAUGGAGGACUAAAUUAUCACAUUGAGCACCACUUGUUCCCCACUAUGGCCCGCAAGCAUCUCCGCAGUAUUGGCCCUUACGUUGAAGAGGUGUGUAAGAAGCAUGGUAUAGAUUACGAUAUGUGCCCUUUUGCUGAAGCCAUGUGGAAAACCCUAGUUCACUUGAAGAAAACUGGAAAUCAUUUCACCCUAGAUCCCCGUUAAGAACGUUAAAUAUAUAGCAUGUGUAAGAUGCUUAAUUAUCCAAGGUUUUGAAUUAUAUGUAAUUAUUAUUAUACAUGUGGAAUUAUAAAAUAGAUGUGUUGGAUUUUGUGAUAACUUGUAGUUACUAAUUUGCUUUGCAUCAAAGUUUUGAUUAAUAUUUGAUACUGUUUGACUUUUGAUUGAUUAUUUCAUGUAACGUUUAAAUUACUCUGAAUGUAAAAUGGAUUUUGUGAUAUACUGAUCUGUGUGUUUAGUAUCUGGUCAGUUGAUCAUAGUAAAUAAGUGUUAUUUUUUUCUUUGAGUACAUGUUAUAAUUUGAUUUAGUAAACUAAAUAUUAAGCACAAAAUAUAUGUUAUUGUUACAUUAGUAUGAUCUUAGUUUUACUAGUGUUAAGUUUCUAACAGCAUUAUAGUAAGGUGUUUUUCAUCUUGCACAUUAGGUGACAAUUUUUAUUGUCAGCCUGAGUGAUGUUAUUGAACAGGGAUUCACAUAAUAGUUAAAUAGUUAACAAAUAUUGAUACUAACCCAACAAAGAUAAAUACAAAUUGCACAUGUAUAGAUAAAAUUUCACAAUCUGUUUCAACUUGAAUUUAUUAAUCACUCACUGUUUUCUGUGUGAAGCUUUAAUAGAUCUUGCUACAGCUUUAAUAACCAUCACAGCAAGGUUUGAGGAGAGAUGGGCAAUCACUGUUCAUGCAUGGCAGGACUUAGAGCAUCACAGUGAAAUUUUCUUAAGUGUAAUGCAUUUUAAGGUGUUUGCUUCUUGUUCGGCAAUUUGCAGUGUGGAAAAAUUCUCUUCAAAGAGUGCUUUUGCUUAUGUGAUCUGGGCUUUUAAACUAGAUGCAGUCCAUUGUUAAGAACAAAUCGCGAAAACUUCUCUCUCUGAACCAUGUUUGGUAAUAAUUUCAGUAACACCUUGUGACAACCAUGUUUUGCCUAAUAAUUGACAUUGCUUUAAUAAUUUAAUUAAAUCACUACAAAAUAUAACUUUUUUAUUGAAGAACGUCUCCAUAGUUUUUUUUAUGUAGUCCAGGAAAAAGCCCCUGCCCCCCCCUUAAAAAAUAAUAAUUAAGGUGCUUUCUAUUAAAUUCAAAAUGAGUUAAAGAUCAAAGAAAUUUCAUAUCAGAACAUUACACUUGAGACAGUUAAGUUAGAAUGAGGUCAAGGUUUUGUAAAAAAAAAUGAAAUUUAGCCAUUAAACCAAGCAUACUGUAAAGGGCUACAUUUUCAUUUGACAAUCUUCAUUGUUCUAAGUAAAAAUGUUUGUCUUCUUUGGAAUAAUCAUGUAUAUGUGUAAUUCCACUUUUUACUUUUAAGAACAUGAAUAAGAGCAUAAUUCUUUAACUCAUUAUUAAAAUUUAACUAGAAUGUGAUGGUAUUUGACUGUUCCACUCAUUCUCUUGUGAUUGUUUUGCUAUAUAUAUAUGGUUUGCUUUUAUGAACAGCUGUGAUUGUGUUAGCGCAUGUUAUUAAUUUAUUUAAUAUUAAAUUGAAAUUUACAGAACAAUUUUUUGUAACAUUUUUUAAAAACUUUAUUUUGAAUAUGUAUACAGAGUUUCAUCUGUUAUCAGUUUCAUUCUUAGUGCAUUAUAUAUAUAUAUAUAUAUAUAUAUAUAUAUAUAUAUAUAUAUUGUUUUUCAUGUGAAACUAAAGCGCAGGCAACCAUUUUUCACUUUUUGUGCAGAUAAACCAAAGAAACAUUAACAGGCUUUUUUAAACAAAUCAGGAUAUAUUUUUGUUGGGGAUCCGUAAUUUUUGUACUUUAAUUUAUCAUUUUUUAUGUUAGUGCAAUUUGUUAAUUUCUGUCCAUAUUUGUUGAACUCUGUGUGGAAUAUUAAUUUGAUGAGUGUUUAUUUGUUUCAUUUCUUUAUUUUAUUAUAAUGGUUUUCGGGAACAAAAUUGCAAUUUUCUUGAAGGUACCAAAAGGUGCAUAGGAAUUAUUUCAUUUCAGUUACUUAGGUUUGCUUUAAUUGCCUAUACUUUGUUGUUUUUUUAGAACUUACUGUUUAUUGAUGAUUUAUUUGAACAGCAUUGACAAUUUCAGAAGAGAAGACAUUCCAUUACGGCAUAUACAUUUUGAUUGAUUUUCUUCUCAUCAUAUUUGCUAUUUUGUUUCUUUUAUUGGGGUUUUGUUGACUGCAGUGAUUUAUUUUCAGGUUGUUAAGAUAUGAAUGAUUGUAAAUACUUAGGACUUUAACAAUUUGUUGGGCACUUAGCAUGUUAAACGUAUAACAGUUGUUUGCAAUGUAUGAAUUCUUAUGCCAAUAAAUUUGACAGCUUUCUGCAUUCA